CCCCGCCCCGGCCGGUCGCCAUGUUUUUCCCUCCGCCCUGGACCGAGCCUUUGGAGCUGGAGUCGGGUAGCACUGCUGCUGCUGCCGCCUCUUGCCCGCUUAGACCUCGACCCUCUUUCUGCCCUCCUUGCAUCCAGGCGAGCCGGCUUUGAGCUCCCAGGGUGUCCUCCGUGUGGUCGCAAGGUAAUGAUGCUUGAAUUGAACUUCUACUAAGGGUUCUGAAGUCAAAACUUGUAAGAUUAACAAUGGCAGGAAAAUCAUCGCUUUUUAAAGUAAUUCUCCUGGGAGAUGGUGGAGUUGGGAAGAGUUCCCUUAUGAACAGAUAUGUAACUAAUAAGUUUGAUGCCCAGCUCUUCCAUACAAUAGGUGUGGAAUUUUUAAACAAAGAUUUGGAGGUGGAUGGACAUUUUGUUACCAUGCAGAUUUGGGACACAGCUGGCCAAGAGCGAUUCCGAAGCCUGAGGACACCAUUUUACAGAGGUUCUGACUGUUGCCUGCUCACUUUUAGUGUUGAUGAUUCACAGAGCUUCAAGAACUUGGGUAACUGGAAGAAAGAAUUCAUAUAUUAUGCAGAGRUAAAAGAGCCCGAAAGUUUUCCUUUUGUGAUUUUAGGCAACAAGAUCGACAUAAAUGAGCGGCAGGUGUCCACUGAAGAAGCCCAAGCCUGGUGCAGAGACAACGGCGACUAUCCUUACUUUGAAACAAGUGCAAAAGAUGCCACCAAUGUUGCAGCAGCCUUUGAGGAAGCGGUUCGAAGAGUUCUUGCUAACGAGGAUAGGUCAGAUCACUUGAUUCAGACAGACACRGUCCAUCUCCACCGAAAGCCCAAGACAAGCUCAUCUUGCUGUUGAUUGUUAGAUUAUCAGUGCKUUCUAACCAAUUCAUACAUGCACUUAAGAGUGGAUAAGAGAUUAGUGUUGCAGCAGUGUAUCAUCUACUAAUAAAUUUCAACUAAUGUU